CAUCACGUGCUUUCCGCCGAGGCGCUGCGGUUCCGCUCCCGUGUGCGGCGCGGGUCAGGUGACGCGCUCGGUCCUGGCCGGUGCCGCUCGGUUUCGCUCCGCGCUGCCGCCGCCGCCAUGACGGGGCUCGCGCUGCUGUACUCCGGGCUGGGCCUGGCCUUCUGGACAACGCUGCUGGGCAUCGGGAUCUGCUACACAAUAUUUGACCUGGGCUUCCGCUUCGAUGUGGCCUGGUUCCUGACGGAGACCUCACCUUACAUGUGGUCCAACCUGGGCAUUGGCCUGGCCAUUUCCUUGUCCGUGGUGGGUGCUGCCUGGGGGAUUUACAUCACAGGCUCCAGCAUCAUCGGUGGUGGAGUCAAAGCCCCUCGGAUCAAAACCAAGAACCUAGUCAGCAUCAUUUUCUGCGAGGCUGUGGCCAUCUAUGGGAUCAUCAUGGCAAUCGUCAUCAGUAACAUGGCUGAGCCUUUCUCUGGAGUCACCCCAGAGACGAUUGGAGCCAAGAACUACCAUGCAGGUUUCUCCAUGUUUGGGGCUGGCCUGACUGUGGGGUUUUCCAAUCUCUUCUGCGGAGUGUGUGUGGGUAUCGUGGGCAGCGGGGCUGCCCUGGCUGAUGCCCAGAAUGCCAGCCUCUUUGUCAAGAUCCUGAUCGUGGAGAUCUUUGGCAGUGCCAUAGGGCUGUUCGGGGUCAUCGUUGCUAUCCUGCAGACAUCUAAAGUAAAAAUGGGCAAUUGAGCCCUGUCCCACCCAGCCUGUUCCAGCUCGCCCCAAGAGGUGCUGUAUAUACUUAUUUAACGUUUCUAUCCUUGGUUGGGGCGGAAGCUGCCCAGGAGCGGGAGCCUGGCUAUGGAGCCCCAUCCCGCUGAUUGGCCCCUCGGAAGAAACAAGUAUCCUGUGUGAAUUCUGCCCCAGCAGCCUGGCCCAGCAGGGCCGUGCUGCUGUGUGUUCCCGGUGUGCGUAGAAUCGAUCACCAGUGCAAUUCUGUGUCCGUGAAAUAAAUAUGGUUCUUGUCCAAGGA